AGUAUAGUUUCAGAUGCGCAUAAGUGUAGUUUUAUUUCGCUAUCUAUCUAGUUAUGUGGCUUUUAUCCUAUUCUUUAGCCUCACGAGUAUCCAAAUUUGAUGUAUAAAAACAAACAAUAAAAAACUAUUUCAAACGGCCAGACAGUUUCACGUCUGGGAUUUGGUUAUAUUAAGGCGUGUUUUUGUUGUUUCAUUCCAUUUACAGUAGUAGAUAGCUAGCUCCGAUGGCGAUCAAUUUGCAGGGAGACAAAGCUGAACAGAGUUUCAGAGUGAGGUGUGCUGAGUGCCUGGACGGGGGGGAGAAAAUGGAGGAGUGCUUGAAGAAGAAGGAAAUGGCUCCAACUACUAAGCCUGUGAAGCAGAACCAACCAGAUGAACCAACCAAAGAGAAUGACAGUGAGGAAAGUGAUGACUCUGAGAAGAAGUUCCAGAGUCAGCUGCAGAGUGAGUCCUGGAAAGCAAAACAUGAAGCUGGCUCUGAAUUGGCUCUGGCUUAUGAAUUGUUCAUCGUCACGGAGAACGUCAAGUGGAGUGACGUGGCCGGGCUGGGGGGAGCAAAGGAGGCGUUGAGAGAGGCGGUCAUUCUGCCAAUCAAAUCCCCUCACCUCUUCACAGGAAGGAGGACCCCGUGGGGGGGAGUCUUGCUUUUCGGGGCUCCUGGCACCGGGAAGACCUACCUGGCCAGAGCUGUGGCCACAGAGGCCCGCGGCUCCACCUUCUCCGUCUCCUCGUCCGACCUGAUGUCCAAGUGGCUCGGAGCGAGCAGGAAGCUGAUGAUGAAUCUCUUCAGGCUAGCUCGGGAGCACAAGCCCUCCAUCAUCUUCAUCGAUGACAUCGACUUGCUGUGCGGCUCUGGGGACAAGGCCGAGUUCCUGGCUCAGAUGCAGGAUGUCCGGAAUGCCAAUGAAGGAAUCCUUGUGCUGGGAGCCACCAGCAUCCCAUGGACCCUGGACCCUGCCAUCAGGAAAAGGUUUGCGAAGCGUAUCUACAUCCCCCUCCCUGAAGAAUGUGCCCGUUCCAUCAUGUUCAAGCGGAUGCUGGGCUCGGCGCGCAACACUCUGACCGAGUCUGACUUCGCCACCCUGGGACAGAAGACAGAGGGCUACUCGGGGGCAGACAUCAGCUGCAUAGUGAGGGACGCCAUGAUGCAGCCCCUCAGGAUGGUGCAGUCCGCCACGCACUUCAAACGGGUACGAGGGUCGGUGUGGAACAUGCCCAGCCAAGUGGUGGAUGACCUCUGGACCCCGUGCUCCCCAGAAGACCCUGACUGCGUAGAGAUGACCUGGAUGGACAUCCAAGAUGAUAAGCUACAGGAGCCUGUCGUCAGCAUGUCGCACAUGCUGAUGUGUCUGUCCAAGGCCAAGCCGACGGUGAACGAGCAGGACCUGGAGCAGUUUAAGAAGUUCAUGGAAGACUUUGGCCAGGAGGGUUAGCGUGAGCGCCGGGGGUCGCAAACAUAGUGCUGGAGGACCGGACCCAACUUCCUCCCACUGGUCUCAGGUCCCGUGGAGAUGGCCCCACGGUGGUGGAAUGACCUUCCUGUGGAGGUCAGAACAGCAGAGACUUUGACCACCUUCAAGCGCAUCCUGCAGAAGUACCCUUCAGGCUGCACCUUUCCCCUCCCCUCCCUAUGUGUGUGUAAUUUUGAAUUAUAUGGUCACGCUAGGACUCGGAACCGUACUGUCCUGUAGGGUCCUCUUCACACUUGUUCCAUGCGUUCAAUCUGCACUUUGUUGUAUGUCGCUCUGGAUAAGAGUGUCUGCUAAAUGGCUGUAAUGUAAUGUAAUUAAUUAGCCAUGUAUGCUGUAUGCUGUAAUUAUCACACUUAUGUACAGUAUACUUAUUUUAAAACUUCUCUACUACUCUACUAGUCAUUUAAGCACACUUGUCCCUGGUUAUGUUUUUGCACUUUAUUGUAAGUCGCUCUGAGCGUCUGCCAAAUGACUGUAAUGUAAUGUAAUUGCAUUACAUUUAUUACACGCUUGACUGCUCCAACAAGCCUAGUUUAUAGCAAGUAUCCAGCUCUUGUUUUUGCAUGCAAAUAACAUAACACAUUUAAUAUAUUUUAAUCUGAGAACAACGAUGAUGAAGACUACUUUCAGUGUAUUAUUUUUCUUCAUAUAUCUAUACACUCACUAAGCACUUUAUUAGGAAAACCUGUACACCUACUUAUUUAUGCGAUUAUCUAAUCAGCCAAUCGUGUGGCAGCAGUGCAAUGCAUAUAAUCAUGCAGCUACGGUUCAGGAGCUUCAGUUAAUGUUCACAUCAACUAUCAGAAUGGUUAAAAUGUACUCUCAAUGAUUUCGACCGGGGCAUGAUUCUGUAACUGCUGAUCUCCUGGGAUUUUCACGCACAGUAGUCUCUAGAGCUUACUCAGAAUGGUGUAAAAAACAAAAAAACAUCCAUUGGGCAGCAGUUCCACGGGCAGAAACACAUUGUUAAUUAGACGUCAGAGGAGAAUGGCCCGACUGGUCGUAGCUGACAGGAAGGUGACAGUAAUGCAAAUAACCACGCAUUACAACAGUGGUAUGCAUUAGAGCAUCUCUGAACAUACAGCACAUCAAACCUCUGGGUAGGCUACAGCAGCAGAAUACUUAAUGAAUCUAAAAAGCAAGUCUAAUAAAUUCCUAAUUAAGUGCUCAGUGAGUGUAUAUUGCUUUAAAACAGUACAAGCAUCAUGGGUUCCUGAGAGAUGGAGCCAUGUGUGCUGAUUUUGUGAAGCUGUUUACAGUACCUCUGCAGUAUGCAUCUGUCAUUUCUUGGCCGGUAGAAUAAUUGCACUGCUAACAUAAUUAACAGUCCUAAAGGAUUAUAGCGGUUGUUUGAUAUUCAGAGCACCAGCUAACAUUGGCAGGUUUAUCACAGGAUUUUUAAAAUGUUAUUAUUUUGUUUAUCUAUUGAAGACAAGGUACUAUAAUCAGUGCGUAUCAUUUUAAUAGUGCAUUUUUAAUCUGUGCAUUUUCUUUUUUUUAUGGAUCAUAAACAAUGGUAGACGGGACCAGAUCAUGACUCGUUGUCUGUGAUCCUACGUUCAUUCCUAUUCGUUUUUUAAAUAAAUAAUCGGAUGGACUACUUUUAAACAACAGGUGGGACGGACAUGCCUCACUGUGAGGUUAGGAGGAUGAUUGCGGUAGUGAGAGUAGCUAGGAUAUUUUGACUGUUAUUUGUUAACUGUUAAGGCCAGAGGCAUAAUGAUUUACAGUAGAUGCCAAAUCGCAUGAGGGGAAAAUGGACUGUAAUGCACGUAGGAGACUGAUUCAUGGGCUCUUGUGAAUCCUGGUCCCUGUGAUGUUGCCCAUUCAAAGCGGGGGCCUUGGAGAAUGACAAAAUGGUACUUUUUUUGUUCCCUUUUGAACUGAAAACUAAUAUGAACUACUGGGGGGGUGAUGGAGAAAGAGAGUGAGGGAGAGAGACAGAGAGAGGAAGUGAGACUGACAUUAUAAGGCCCUUUACUGCCCUUUAUCACAACAUCAAACAUCAAGAAAAAAAAAAAUACAAAGGGAAAGAAUGUUACCAAAACACAUGAGAGAAAGAGAGAGAGACAGAGGGAGAUAUCUACAUUAUGUGCCCUAGUCUCCUGCUGGGUUAAUACUUACACAUUCAGUUGACUGCCUUACUCCUGCGUUGAAUGCAUGCAGAUGUGUAUCUAUAUGUAUUAUCCUUUUUAUGCCAUGAAAUGCACCUCAUGUGAUACAUUUAUAAAUCUUGGCCAUGACUUUUGUUUUGGUUUGAAUCAUUGAAAUUUGGAAAACUGUUGGAAAUACAAUAGUAAUGAAACUAUGACUUGUUAUACUAUCUGCUGUUAGCAAUACUGCACAAUGAUGCUUGUAUAUGUCCAUGGAAAAUAUGAAGUAUCUUCAGCACAACAAUGCAAAUAUAAAUUUGACUUUGAGUCAACACAUUCUAUUCA